CUCGUGUGGCAAAAAUCACAUUUCAACAUUCCCUCCAUAAAACACCCACACCACUCCCUCUGCCUCACACUCUCCACUUUCUCUCUAAUAACUGCAUUAAUGGCUGCCUAGAAUUUUCUCUCUCCUCAAACCAACGAAGAAGACGAUUAACACAACACGGCAAAAUACUUUUGUGAGUACAAGUAGUAGUGCUGCAACAACACUUUCUCUCCUCGUCUGUGUGUUUUGUCGGGUGUUGUUUACUGAGUCAACUCGCUCCGAGUUACGACUUUCGGUCGUUGAGUUUUUCCAUCAAUUUUCGGCGAUGUGUACGACGACGACGAGUACGCCUUCCUCUGGUGGUUUGCAGCGGAGAAUCGCGCUUGUUACGGCGGUUUUUUCGGUUCUACUGUUGCUCCUUCUACUCCAUGCUGAUAUUUCAGCGGUGAAGUACAAAAUCCAAGGGUUUCAUAUGAGGAAGUUGAUCUCAUCCGCCAUUAACGACGUUCUCCCUUCAAGUCAUCGGAAACUCCUCUCACCAAAGAGCAUUGACAAGCCAACCCGGAUUUGGGAUGAUACCAACAGGUGCUCUGAGGUCGAUCUGGAAAUUAACCAAGCACCCGGUGCACCCUUGCCCUCGGGUAUACCCACUUACUCCGUUGAGAUUGUGAAUGUGUGUGCAUCUGGUUGUGCUAUCUCUCAGAUUCAUCUCCGCUGUGGGUGGUUCAGCUCUGCCUUCCCUAUCGACCCAAUGAUCUUCAAGCGCAUCCGUUUCAAUGAUUGCGUGAUCAAUGCUGGCAGAACCCUCCACAGUGGGCAGUCUUUUACGUUUCAGUAUGCUAAUAUCUACAGUUACCCGCUUUCUAUUUCAUCAAUGAGUUGCUUAUAGAUAAUUAGAUACUACUAUACCUAUUAGUCAUUUACUUUGCCAUUUUUAGUAGUACCUAGUUGGCUAGUUUUGUCUACAUUUAGGCUUCUGGCUUAGGUUAUCCAAAAACACACAGCAAUUAUAUGGAGCAAUGAAGCCCCCCAUAGUUGUGACUCGCAGCUCGUGCUCUAUAUAAUUGUUGGGUGUUUAAUUACCUUCUUCCUUGAGUGGGUAAUUUUUGAUAUAGAUGGUAUACUCAAGGCUUGAGAGAGAAAUAGUCUUGAUUUUUUGAAGGUAAUUUCGUGGUGUAAUUAGUCAAAAAGGUUAAUGUCUCUUGACCUUGGCCAAGUUUUGUGGGGGUAUAUAUAGAUCCAUGUAUAUACGAGUAAUACUCGUAGUGAAGUUUUGCAAGCAAAGUAAAAAAAUAUGGUUUCUUCUUUCAA